AAAACUGAAGAAGAGAAAAAUCGACACGACCUUCAGAGAUAGAGGCCGAUAGCUUGAGUUUUACUGCCAUUGUUGUUCUACUACUACUGUCUCUGUUCUUCGGAUGAGUCCGGCAGUGCAUCGUAGAUCCCCAUCUAGGCGUGGCUCCUCCGAUCGUUCGGAGUCUCCGGUGAGGAGAUGGAGUUCCCCUCGCAGAAGAAGCCCAUCUCGUAGAGAAAGGUCUCCUGUUCGACAAAGGAGCUCUCCGAGAACCAGGUCUCCCGUUGGUAGAACCAACUCUUCUCACAGGGCGAGGUCACCCGCAAGGGAGAAACCUUCGAGAGAUAGGUCCCCAAUACACGCGAGGUCAGCCUCCCCCGUUUCUCGAUCUCCUUCUCCGCGUACGAAACGCCUGAGGCGAGCGCAGGCCGAGCGCGAGGCCGAAGGAGUCUCUGAUAGGGAACGCGAGAGGAAUGGGAGCAGCAGGGAAAAUGACAAAGGGAGGCACAGGGAUAGGGCUGUAGACAGAGAAGUUCCCAGAGAUAGAAGUGACAGAAGGUCAACAAGGGAUAAAAUUGAAGGAGGUUCUUAUAAGUCAAGACGUGAGCACUCAACAUCGCCGAAUGGUCGUGGCCACAGGAACAGACACGGUUCCCGCUCCCCUCGCAGGGCUGCUAAGACUGAAGCACGCCACGAGGUAACAAAUUCAAGAGGAACUGAACAAAAUAGGGAUAGUGAAGCUGAUUCAGUAGCUAAGAUGAAGGCUGCUGAGGAAGCUUUGGAAGCAAAGCAAAAGCAAAAACCUUCAUUUGAGCUGUCUGGGAAGCUUGCUGCAGAAACAAAUCGAGUAAGGGGUGUGACAUUGUUAUUUAAUGAGCCACCAGAUGCACGCAAGCCAGAUAUAAGAUGGAGACUGUAUGUUUUCAAGGCUGGUGAAGUGCUCAAUGAGCCCCUUUAUAUUCAUCGCCAAAGCUGUUACCUUUUUGGUAGAGAAAGAAGGGUGGCAGACAUCCCUACAGAUCACCCCUCCUGUAGCAAACAACAUGCUGUCAUUCAAUACCGGCAAGUAGAAAAAGAGCAACCUGAUGGCACAUUGUCAAAGCAAGUAAGGCCUUACUUGAUGGACCUUGGAAGCACAAAUGGAACUUUCAUUAAUGAUAAUCGCAUUGAAUCUCAGCGUUAUUAUGAACUUUUUGAAAAAGAUACCAUCAAGUUUGGUAAUAGUAGCCGAGAAUAUGUAAUGUUGCAUGAGAACUCAGCUGAGUAAUGGGUGUAGAUCUGGCCUGUGGAACCGAUGAGCUGACCCACUGAAUUUGUCCUUUUGUAUGUUAAAGAUCCGAUGGUGCUCCACUUGCAUAUAUGAAGGCAUUAUCUGUUCCCGAGUCAUCCACAAUCAAAUUCAACUGUUUCGAGUUUUUUGGUUACAGCUACUAGAUAGUGGUGCCAACAGUAGAAUGUGCAAAUUUAUCCAUCUUGUGUUUGGAGUUCUGAAACUACAAGGGUGUUUUAUAAAUGCCGAAUAUAUUGAAUAGGACGACAUUGUUCAUUCUAAAGCACAAGGUGUUUUCUUUCAUCUUUGCUCGCACAUCCAGAAUGCAAAUGGAUACUUUAACGAGGCCUAAUCAUUGGAAAGAGUUAUUUGGCUAGUGUAUAUCUCUAUUGGAUUUUGAUUUUCCUUUCAGUUUUUGGAGUGAUGAGUUAAUCUUCCUGUGCCAUAUUUUACAGCUAAGUUGACAUGUUCAAGAUUCUGCUUAAUAGGUUCAAUUACUUGUAUUAUUUU